AAUUGUCUUGUAAUUAGCUACGUAACGCAUGUUUUGCGGGUGAGAACUGCGUAGUAUGGAUAAGUCUAGAGUUCUCGACAUACCUACAAAACUCGAUACUUUUGCAACAUUCCACAAAGUUACAAAUAUUUUAGAAAACAUGGCCAGCGCCAAACCCGACUGUUUCUACGGAUCCUUAUCAGCGGAAGAUGUCCAAGCUGUUAUAUCCAAAGCCUUAGGACCAAAUGUCAAGGUUGUCGAUUACCGAAUCAAGCCCUUCGCCGAUGUCAGAGUAGGUUUUCUCAGUGCGAAUUUGCUUCUCGAAGUUACAGUUCAGAGGGACACUACCAUCUCCUCUGAGACUCACUCAUUUUUUGUCAAGUGUAUUCCUCACAACUCGGAAAAAGAAGAAAAGUUGCUCAACGAUCUCCAGGUGUUCAAACGCGAAGGCACAUUUUUUCGCGACUUGGAACCAGAGAUGCUGAAGAAUUUCAAAGGCGAGCAUUGGAGCGCCGAGUGUUACUUGGUCAAGGAUGACGUACUAGUUUUUGAAAACCUCCAGAUCAAGAACUUCAGAAUGUCUAAUCUCAUCUUGGACGAGGCCACCGUCAAAGCAGCAGCUUCAACUCUAGCAAGGUUCCACGCGGCGUCAGUCAUACUGGAGAAGCGAUUGAAAAAGUCAUUCCAAGAGAUGUAUCCUGACUUGUUCGAAGGCAGUAUUUUUAAUCGUGGGAAUUUUUACCGCAACUGGUUCCGCGCUGGCAUAGACGUCAUCAUCGAUGUGGGAGAGACUCUAAAUCUCGAUACUAGCAAAGUACGGGACUAUCUUAUGAAAAUAUUUGAGAUCCUAAAGCCCUCGAAUACGAGACGUAACAUCCUGUGCCACACUGACUUGUGGGCCAACAAUAUAAUGGUUAACGAUGACGAUGAUUCGCCAAAGUGUAUCCUUAUUGAUUACCAGACGGUGAGGUGCGUACCACCAGCUGCAGAUCUUGCACACCUGAUAUUCUUGACGAUGCCUCGGAAGGCACGCGAUGCAUUGGAGAAGAGUAUAGUUCAGCAGUAUCACGAGGUCUUUAAGGAAACUGUAAUGAGGAACGAGCCAGAUAUGGAGGUGCGAAAUUUGCAAGAGCUAAUGGAGGAGUACGAAGAGUAUAAGCACUAUGGACUGAUCUAUGCAGCCUUUCAACAGCCGCAGAUGUUCAUGGACGAGGCUUUCAGAUCUGAGUUGAGCAAGGAUUCAGUGGCUUUCGAAAAGUUCUUCUUCGAGGAUAGAACUGGACUUGUGAAAGAACUGAUGAUGAAAAAUCCGGAUUACAGGGAAAAGAUUACAGAGCUGGUGAAGGAAGUCGUCGAAUAUGCCAAUAGGGCUUGAUGUUCAAAGUUGUAAAGAAGUUAUGUAGUAAACAAUGACAGGCGUUGAUGACAGGCCAAUGAUGGAUCAUUGCUAUUCAAGAAAUGUUGUGAUGUAAUAUUAUUACAGUAUUAAAUACAUACAUUUUUAUUCGCUA